AUGGCCCAGCUUUCAUUCGGCCCAGCUACUCAGCAGACCGUGACCACAGUAACAACUACCACCACCGUAUCGCUUCCGCCACUGCUCAUGAAGCCGCCCAGGGACCUGUGGGAACGAGAUCCCAAACAGUACCCACUCGCCUUUUCUCCCACCCCACAGUCUAUCAAGAGAUUCUGCUUCGACGUGAACGGCAAGCCGACAGUCUUCCACGAGUCGGAGAAUCCCGAGGAUACCAUGCGGAAAUACAGCGAGCUUCAAGACCGGAUCCACCGAAACAAUGGCUGUAUACGUCAGGAGGAGAGGCAAGAUGGCUAUCAUACUCCUUUGCACCAUCUGAGUAAGAAAGUGAACGGCAUGCGUGCUUCACACGGCCUCAAACGCACCGCCACCCCACCGUCCAUAGCAGAAGCGGCGGAGCUGGCGAGCUUGCAGAGGAAGACAAAGAAGCAGCGUUCAUCUCUCCACCGGACAUACUCUGAAAUCGCCGAACAACCUUCGCUUAACGAGAGAAGCGCAGCUAGGCCGUUCCAUGCGCACCACAACCCGUCGCACCCUUCUCCUGUCACCCCCGACACCGAUAUCAUGGGCGGCAUCCCGAGAACUGCGAUGAAUCGACGCGAAACGGGCAAAGAUAGAGGCACGAGCCGACCCUCGCAUUCUCGAAGCAAGAAGAGGCGUUUUGCGGAACAGAACAAUGCCAGCGGUACCAACCAUCGAGCCGGAACAUCUGCGACGCCGCCUAUCACUGAGACAGAUCUUGAGCCUGUGGUACGGGUGGAGGAGAUGAGGAAACCUCUACUUCAAGGUCUACUUUCGAGCUCACAGCAGGACGCUAGUCUUCCCAGCCCGAGCCUCUCUCCGAUCACUGCUGCCGCGAACCUCGCGUCUCGUCAGAACGCGUUCGACAAUUCCUUCGCAGAGCACAACGACGAGAAUGCCAGCGUUGUCUCCGGUCUGGACCUGGACGACGAUAGCAAGACGCAGAGCACCAAAUCUUUCGAGUCUCAGUCUUCUAAGCGAUCAACGAGACAGCCGCCGCCGCCAUUCCAAUUUACACAUGGCGCGACACAGCAACCGCAAGCAUCCCCCACCGGCCCUACGAUUAUGGAUAUACCUACUAUGGUCGACGCUUUUGACAGCAUGCCAGAGUCCAUGCAAACGUAUCUCAUGUACCAGUUUCUUCGCCGAUGUGCCAAGCCAACACUGCAGAUGGUCGCUAAUGUCGUCAAUCCUGCCCUCAAGUGCGAUCCUUUCAAUAUUCUCCCGCCAGAGCUGGGCUUGAACAUUACCCGCUUCCUUGAUGCACAAAGCAUGUGUCGAGCUGCACAGGUGUCGAAGAGAUGGCGCAAACUUAUUAACUCAGACGAGAAAGCGUGGAAGGACCUCCUCGAACGCGAUGGGUUUGUGCUUCCGGAUGGAGAAAUUGCCCGAGCUGUUCGCGAAGGCUGGGGAUGGCAACAUCCUGGUGAUGACGGCUACGAGCAAGACCUUAGCAGGCCCCUUUCUGCUUCUCCUGACCUCGUGCCUGAAUCAACUAUUGUCAGUGAUGAUGAACUUACGGCUUCCUCCACGGUCACCACCCGAACCAUGAAGAAGAAAUCCGUUGUGAAGCCAUCCAGCUCGAAGAAAGCCAAGCGACGACCUAUCCAUGCAUCAUCAUCCAUCACCAAGCCAACUGCAACGCCAAACAGCAAGUGGCUGAAGCUUUUGAGCACUGCCAAGGGUGCCAAUGCAUUUGCUCAUGCAGCCACUCAAGCUGUACCGCAUCCAUCCGUUGGCAUGGACAGCCUUCGCAAUAUGCAUCUAUUCAAGUCCCUCUACCAGCGUCAUUACCUCAUUCGCAAGGCUUGGAUGGACGAAGAGAGUCAGCCUCAGCACCUUGCCUUCCGAGCACACCAUCGACAUGUGGUUACGUGCCUCUUGUUUGACAGUGACAAGAUCUUGACUGGCAGCGAUGACACAAAGAUCAAUGUCUACGACACCAAGACUGGAGCGCUUCGAAACCGCUUGGAGGGGCACGAAGGUGGUGUUUGGGCUCUGCAGUACGAAGGUGAUACCUUGGUGUCUGGCUCGACCGACCGCAGUGUACGAGUCUGGGACAUCAAGAGUGGGCGUUGCUUGCAGGUCUUCCAGGGUCACACAUCUACAGUCCGCUGCUUGGUCAUUUUGAAGCCUGUUCAAAUUGAUACAGAGGCAGACGGAACACCGGUCAUGAUGCCAAAGGAGCCUCUAAUCAUUACUGGCUCACGCGACUCGACAUUGCGCGUAUGGAAGCUUCCGCAGCCUGGCGAUCGCCAAAUUUACCAGGCGGGGCCUCCUGCGAACGAUCGUGACAAUCCUUACUUCCUCCGAACGCUCACGGGCCACCAUAACUCGGUGCGUGCGAUUGCAGCCCACGGAGACACCCUAGUCUCUGGGUCUUAUGACACCACAGUUCGAGUUUGGAAGAUCUCUACUGGUGAAGUCAUUCACCGUCUUGGCGGUCACGCUCAGAAGGUGUACAGUGUUGUUCUUGACCACGAUCGCGGCCGUUGCAUCUCAGGUUCUAUGGAUAAUUUGGUCAAAGUCUGGGACCUGUCAUCUGGCGCAUGCCUCUUUAACCUCGAAGGUCACACUUCGCUGGUUGGUCUGCUUGACCUCAGCCAUGAUCGCCUGGUCUCUGCUGCAGCUGACAGCACAUUGCGCAUUUGGGAUCCAGAAACUGGCGCUUGCAAGGCCACACUGUCGGCACACACAGGCGCCAUUACGUGCUUCCAGCAUGACGGCCAGAAGGUCAUUUCUGGUUCAGACCGAACACUCAAGAUGUGGAAUGUCAAGAAUGGCGAUUGCGUGCGCGACCUACUCACGGACCUGAGUGGUGUUUGGCAAGUUCGCUUUGAUGAGCGUCGCUGCGUGGCCGCGGUGCAGCGGAAUAGUCUUACCUACAUCGAG